AUGGACAAUCGGCUGAAAGAACCGAAUAAUUCUCUGGUCAACUCCGAUGCGGAGUUGAGCGACCAGCGUUCACCAAACCCGGGACUGGGGGGGGGGCGGUGUUUCAGUAAUGUGAUAUUCACAGGCUAUAUGAAGUCAACAAGAGGAAUGACAGGUUUAGUCGGGGUCUUCUGCACACGUACCGGGUUCACCGAGUUUUAUCGGUACUGGUUAACUGUACACCGGCGAUUGGACCGUAUCAACACGAAAUGGGCCGUGGACACCAGCAUCGCCAUGUCGGACCGCACGGUUCACUCCUCAAACGACUGUAGCCACUGCAGUCUGGAGACUCGCCACACUAUUAUCGAAACAAGUUCCAACUCGACUGCCUUCAGUAAGUUGACUCGAUUACGGUCUCAUCCGUCCUGCGUCGAACUAGUUAAGUAA